AUGCCGAAUUACAACCGGCCACCAUUUAUAAAACCAAUGCCGCCAUCGUAUAUGAAUGCUUCAAUGCAUCCAUCUACAAGGCAAAGGAGGCCUACAUCACUGUUACCUAGUCGUUAUUCUCGUUGCCCUCCUCCACCGCCUCCUCCUCGUCCACCUCAUUGUCCUACAUGGAAUACAAACAUACCACCUCAGUACUAUCCACCAACAGGAUCAACACCCCCGCAUAUGCAUAGAGGCGGUGGCGGCGGCGGCCCAUCAUCACAAACACGACCGGCAUACCAACAACGACAACAUUCAUUAUUACAGCACAGAUUAUCAUCGGAUUGGUCAAUGCUUAGACAGUGUCCACCUAGUCAAUAUCCUGAAUAUCAUCAUAUACAGCAGCAACAACAACAACAACAGCACCACCACCAACAACAACAACAGCAGGAGCUGAAGCAAGUAUUCACCUAUGAACUUGAUCAAAACAUGAUUGAAUCAAUUUUCAACUCCUGGUUAAAUUAUUAUGAACCAAUAUUUAUUGAAAGAAGGCGACAUUCUAAGGAGGUGAAUAGUAUAGAAAUACCAAUGUAUAGAAAUAUGUUAAUUAAAUGGUCAGAAUUAAUCAAUAGUGCUCAGACAAUUGAUGAACAUACUACUGAGGACUCCCCUACAUCUUCGUCUUUAUCAUCAUUACAAGAGGAAUUGCAUACAAUCCAAGAAAAUUGUACAAAUCCACAUAUUAUUAGUUUAGUUAAAAAGAAACUUGGUUCAAUUCGUAAAAAGCGACGUUAUCUUAAACGUGUUCGUGAACGAAAAAGAAACUUAGACUUACAAUUGUCACCAGUGGUUGUACAAACAACAACUGGUAGUAUACUUGAGAGAUUGAAAUCAGACAUGUUAGCGUCAAUUGAAUUGCCAAAAGAUGGUUAUUUCAACUAUGCAACCUCUACUACUACUACUACUACUUCGAGUGACCAUGAUUCAAAGAAGCAUCCCAUUGACGAUGAAGCGGGUCAUGUCGAUGAUGGGGAUAGUCAUCAUGAUCUUAACAGACUACUGCUAGCUGAUCACUGUGCUGCAACCGACGAACGUUGUAAAACUCCCUCACACUUCGACGAAGAAUCACAAGCAAUGAAUAGAGAUUUUGGUUCUUCAUCUACACGUAUCUCUACUUCUUCUACUAAGCAUAUCAUUGAUAAAAAUAGUAAUAAUAACACUCAUCGUAAUUGUAACUAUCAUCAAAUGGAAACAAUCCUGAGUAAAUCGAUUGAUAAGUGUAGAGCACGUAUAAAACUUUUGGACAGUUUACGCCAACUACGUUCAGCACGACUUACACAGGCUAAACAACAAGGCGGUCUUUUUCCUCAUCAAAUCGAUGAAGUAUUCACCUUCAAUAUUAAUGAAUUGAAAAGUCUGCUAUCUGAUCAAAUUCAAAGUCUAGAAACGACGCAUACAAAAGUCAAGGAUAUACUUCGACAUCAAGAAAAUCUCAAAUCGAAGAGCAAUUAUAAUUCUCUUUCUCAAUCUCAAGGUAACUGUUGUAUCCAUGUGCCGAAUUUGCCAAAGCAAUUACAAAUCGAGCUAUUUGGUAAUCAGUGUAUAAAUAACAUAUCAGGUAUUCAACAACGUUGGCAACGUUUUUAUCAUCAAGCUGAUUAUAAUUUUUGUGAUUUUAUACGAAUUAGAUAUGCAUGGGAUAAAUACUUGAAAAUCGAUACUAACACAAAUGAGGCAAAUGAUGAUUCUGACGUCAAUAAUAUAAAGAAUUAUGAAUUACCGAAAGAAUGGAUUUUACCCGAAAUCAAUAAUGACGAUAAUGAGGAGGGGGAGGAGCAUGGCAUUGAUAAAAUGAAAGAUACUCUCGCUAAAGAUGAUGAUAUCAUCAGUAUGAAUAGUGGUCAUCGUCAAAAAGAUAAAUGGAGUAAAUAUUUACGAUCAAUUCAUUAA